AAGCUGGAUCACAUACCUUUUUGAAAGAACUUGAUUUUGUAUCCACUGCAACAUGGUUUUAUCUGGCAUACGACUUUAUUAAAAAAAAAGAAUGGCAUUUGGCUGAGUUUGUAGUCAAGAGAGCAUUAGAUACAGGAGUUGACAGUGAGCCAUUAAACUUUACUGAUGUCAAUUUAGAGCAUUUCUGUCACAAAGAGCUUCUGCAAGAUCAUCAUAAGUGAGUAGUAUUAACGUUUCAGUUUUAUUUGUCUAAAAACUUUUUUUAUUUCAUUUCCAGAUAAUUACUUGAUACAUAUAACCGGUGAUUGAUUUUCAUUUCACCAGUGAUUUAGGUUCUAUUAAUUUUUAUUGUGUGUUAUUAAAGCCCCCAUAUUUUAAAAGAGGUCAGCUUAAAAAUAUGAAAUGGUUUUAUUUCAGAUGGAUCAGUUGCCUGCUGAUAAUUUUCCUUAAAUAUGGUGCAGAAAAGGAGAAACUGAAGUUCCACGCUGGAGAUACUUUCUUUCAUGCCAUCAUUUCUAUUGUGUCACUGACACCUAAUCCUCCUCUUGCCGGAAAGGUGAAGCUUGUUGAGGACUCCCACAAGCUACUCUCAUUUGUCAUGGAAACAUUUAUUGUACCCAAGCAUCUUCAAAACUUAACAGAUGACAAAGGGAAUACUGUGCUGCAUCAUUUAGCAACACUCAAGGUAAUUCAUUUUUAAAUACUCAGUUGCUGUUCUUUUUUCCAAUUUUUUAAAUUGUAUUUCUCUUGUAUGUUGUGACAUGCUAAGAUGACAUAGUGGAUUCAGCUUCAACAGUUUUGUUUUCCUAAGUCAUAUAUAUAUGCAAUACUUUCUCACCUGGCCUGGUUUUUCCUGUAGAGCGUUUGGCUUUUAAAUCUUCACUUUCCCAAAGUCACUCACAAGGCAGUGAUCCUUUCUUACAAUUUUUGUACACAACAGUUUGUAGUUAAGAAAAAACAACACUUCUCUUAUUGUUAAGGUUGCCUAAUAUAAUAUAAAAGUUAUAUUACACUCCAGCCUAAGGUGUUGGCAAAAUAUUGAUGUUGAUACAGUUAUUUCCACUGAGCCAUUAAUUUUACAGCUGAUCAAAUGGAGAAAAACGAUGUCAAUCCGUUAUUAAUGGUUUAAUCGGUGAUAUACAGAUCAACUGUGCUCAUCGUUGGGAUUCAAAAUCCCACAACACCACACCAAAUAUCCUCACCAUCACCCCCCACCUAUCUGUGAGAUAAACUUCCUCACUGUGCUCAUCGUUGGGAUUCAAAAUCCCACAACACCACACCAAAUAUCCUCACCAUCACCCCCCACCUAUCUGUGAGAUAAACUUCCUCACUAAAGACGCUGACCAAAGCAUCAUAAGCUUAAACUGGAGGAUCUUGGUGUGGGGCUGCUAUGAUGUAACAUGCCAGAAUUUUUGUUUAUUAUAAAAAGAAAAAAAAAAAUGUUUUUCUGCCAUCUGCAAAUCAGUAAUUUAAUUUAAAAAAUGCAUGUAUCUCUGCAAUUAAGGGGACUGACCAGAUGAGAGACUUUCUGGGCGAUUACCUGCCGAGUAUGGGAGUGGAUGUUAUGGCUGUGAAUAAGGACAGAAAACUGGCCAUUGACUUGACCAGCCCGACAGAUAUCCUUCGAAUUACAUUGCAGAGAAAAAUGAAAGGUAAAGAAAUAAAGUAGAAAAAUUCAUUUGAAUUAUUUAUUGUGAAUUCUUCAUGUAAAGCUGCUGUCAACAACAUCAAUGUUGCCUGUCAGUACCUCACAUCAAUCCAUAGUCUAUAGUAGAACAAGAAGACACUCACCUCCUAGCUCAAAAGAGAAGUCUGAAUUGAUUUACUUAAACUAGGAAUGCUGUUAGAGGCUGUUCGAUAUGGAUGGCCUGCCAACUUUGAUCACAUAAUUGAUAGCUUGGAGAAAGUAUUCAAUGAAGAAAGUUUAAUGACAAAUUUAAACAACUGGAACAAAUAUUAUUACUUAAGUUUAAUUGUUUCAUUAUAAAAUGUAACUCACAUGAAUACAUCACCCAGGGAUUUGAAGGGGGAAAAAAUGGGGUUAGGGUGGGUUCAUCUUUCAUAGUCAGUGAUGUCAUAUUGGUGGAAUUUUUUAUGGUGCGACUUUAUCCCAGGAAAAGCAACUGUUUCCCAAUCAGCAGAUCCCCACUCUCCAUCCAGCUGGUGAACCCGAAAGGUAGUCAGCACAACUUGACAUCAAGGGCAUCACUGGAGUUGCCAAAAUUUUGAUUAAGUAAAAUGCCAUGCUGCCUGCAGGACUCCUGGCUUUUUCUUUUUAAGUGAUUACUCCCAUCAUCUGAACCUUGAGGACCGUAGCCUCAAGGUGGUGGAGGUUUGUGGUUGCUCAAGGCGGUGGAGGUUUGUGGUUGCUCAAGGCGGUUUGAGGUUUGUGGUUGCUCAAGGCGGUGGAGGUUUGUGGUUGCUUAAGGCGGUGGAGGUUUGUGGUUGCUCAAGGCGGUGGAGGUUUGGGGUUGCUCAAGGCGGUGGAGGUUUGUGGUUGCUCAAGGCGGUGGAGGUUUGUGGUUGCUCAAGGGGGUGGAGGUUUGUGGUUGCUCAAGGGGUGGAGGUUUGUGGUUGCUCAAGGCGGUGGAGUGGUGGAGGUUUGUGGUUGCUCAAGGCGGUGGAGGCUUGUGGUUGCUCAAGGCGGUGGAGGCUUGUGGUUGCUCAAGGCGGUGGAGGCUUGUGGUUGCUCAAGGCGGUGGAGGCUUGUGGUUGCUCAAGGCGGUGGAGGCUUGUGGUUGGAGUUUUCCCUGUCUUAGUUGAGCCACUGUCUGAGGCAGACGAGUCAAAGCCAAGCAAAGUGCUGGAAUUUAUUUGAUUUGUCUUCAACUCUUCAAACCGUGCAGUUAUGAUUCUGUUAACUAUUUUGUUCCUUUAUAUUUCAGAGGGCAACCACAUCAGAGAACAAAGUAAAGGACGAGAGCGGAAAGCCAAAGAGGAAAAAAAGGUGGAACAGAAAAAGGAAUCGGGGGAUGUGAGAAGAAAAGUGCAGGAGAACAAAAAGGCUGAUGAGAACCAAACCAAAAAACCCAACACAGACGAUGGGAAGAAAUCAAAGCCUGUUAAGCAAAAGUCAAAGGGUCCGUGCGACCAGUGUGAAAUCAAACUGGAAGAGGCUUUGGCUCAGCAGAAGGAAGAGAAUUAUGAAAAAGGUAAUACUCAUCUACAGUAGUGGUUAAUUAUUUGGUUAAAUGGUUAAACAAGGGUCAAAUUUUCUAUAACAAGGUAAUGAAAUUUAUUUUGAGUUAAAACUAAAGAGCAUGUGUAUUGGAGCACGUCACUUAUCUCUGUUGGGGGGAGACGAUAUUUUCUGAAGAAUUUAAAACCCAGUUUUUUAAUAUUUUUUCAUAGCCUACCUGAGCCUGGUAGAAGUGAUAACUUCUCCCCACAGCACAGAUGUACGCCAUAAAUCACUCAGGGAGACAAGUCUUCAACGUCUGGCUGCUCUUUUAUCAUGCAAUGUAACCAGAGGUAAUGCAUGCGGGGACCUUUGCAAUAAAAAUUGGAAUUUUAUUUUCUGUGUUAAAAAUAUUAUGGAGCAGCAAGUACAUUUUCUCAACAAACUGAUUGUCAUAAUAAUCAUUUUGUCAGAACCAUUUGGAAAUUAAAUUUUUAAGCAGUCUAAUUUUUAAAAGACGAGUAAUUGUUAGCUGCAUAUUUAUGUUAAAUGGACAAUUUUUGGCAUGUAAAAACAUUAUUUGGUGUCAAAUCUUCUGUGUGUACUAGAUUGUUUAAUUCAUCAAGAUCUUUCACAUGUUGUAAUUUGUCGUAAUAGCAAUGAAUCAACUCAAGUCCUUUUUCAAAAUAAAUGCAACUUUAAUAUCUAAUUAGAUACACAGACUGUUAAUUCCAUAUACACAUGUAUAGCGCAGCUCGCUAUCACAGAGAAAUAAAACACAACCUUCUUUCACAAAGUUUCUUUCACGACUGCUACACGACUAAAACAUACAUCACAAAACAGACUAGACACUACGUCAUAAAAAGCAUAAAAUACGUCAUUGCCAAGUCUAGCGCAGGAAGAGCUUUCACUAAUUCCCCUCUCAAAAACACACAGCUUGUAAUCAAACACAAUAUCUAGUUGCAACAAUUAUUAAUGAACUCCCAUACUCGACAUAUGGUCAAUUAUAACAAUAGUUGUCCAUCGUGUAAUAUCAUUUAUGGGUGAAAAAAAAUUGGUUAAAAUAAAUCUACAUAUGUGGGGGGUUUUUUGUUGUUGUUCUCAAUACCUUGUUUAUUCUUAAGCAAACUUAUCACAAAAUUCUGUGUCUUUUGAUCUCCUUAUGAUUUUAUUAGAAUCCAGCUUUAAGUUCAAGCUUGUAUACUCUCAUUGAUUUUUCUUUCAGACAUUCCAAUAAUCCUGGUGAGUCGUUUGAACCCAGAGGGCAUUAAAGAUCUGCUUGACCAGUUGGCUCAGCGUAAGAACUGGCGGCUGCUUGAAAUGUUGGUCACAAAAACUAGGAUGGCUGGCAAGGCCAAGGCGUUGGCCAACUUUGCCCGAUCGAUGUCUCUCCUUGACGCCAUUGUUGAGCCGUCUGCUGAUGGGUUGGAGUCCACCAAGAUCGGGCUCAUAAACUUACUUCAGACCAAUGGGGCCAAGUUUGACAAAUCAACUUCGGCAGCAGCUUUAGAAACUUGCAUGAAGAGCUCGGAAUGGAAGGUAGGGCAGAUGAUAAUAAAAGGUUUAUGGGAAUUUUCGGUACCUUCUUCUUUACCCAUUGUAUAUUGUAAAGGAUCAUUUCUAUCUAAUUAUUCAAAUCAUCAACUAAAAUACUGUUAACAUUCAAAUGAUAUGACCAUACAUUAUUUAGUUUGGAUUUCAAGUAAAGAAAUUUUUUUUUCAUUUUUAACAAAAUAUUUCUAUUUAGGUAGUGUUAAAAUUGUUGACAAUGGGAGCUAAUCCCAAGGGUAUUACCCUGACACCAAAUGACACCCCGAACCAUGCAGCACUUCAAGUGGCAUUGGUCAAAGAGCCAGGUAAUUUGAUUAGCUGUAACAUGCACAAAAUGAUUUUUCGUGUGUUGUUUGAUUUAUUAUUCAUAUAAAUUUAGUCGAAACGGAUUAAAAUAGCAUUUUUAAUUUUUGGUAUUAUUAUUUUGUGCAGGUAACUUCAGUAUGAUGAUUUUAUACAGGUUAAUUUGGUAUUAUGAAUAUGUACAGGUAACUUGGGUAUUAUGAUUUCAUACAGGUAACUUCAGUAUUAUGGAAGAAUUGAGAACCAUUUAUGAAAAAGAUAAUGCUUCCCACCCAUACUUGAAUGUCUCCUGCAUUGAUGAGGAUGGCAACACACUGCUCCAUCUUGCUGCAAUGGUAGGGCAGUGCUCUCACCUUUAGGGGGAAAAGCUGUGGAUCUGACUAGGAUAUUAUAUUGUGCAUGAUGUGAAAUAUUCAAUGUUUUUUAAUGAGUUUUUAAUCUGCAUGAGUUAUUGAGCUAAAAUAGUUUAAAUAUUUAAGUUAAAUCCAGUUUUUAAAAUAAUGUUAUUAUGGCUCUGGAAACUGAAAAGUAGAAAACAUACUAUUUGACUAGAGCAUGCUACAAAAUAGGUUUAGGAGUAGGAAUUACUUGGGAUUUUGUUAGAGAGUGAAAAGUAGAAAACUUACUAUAAUUUGACUAGAACAUGCUACAAAAUGGGUUUAGGAGUAGAAAUUACUUGGGAUUUUGUUAGAGAGUGAAAAGUAGAAAACUUACUAUUAUUUGACUAGAACAUGCUGCAAAAUAAGUAUAGGAGUAGGAAUUACUUGGGAUUUUGUUUAACAGUUUUUUUUAUACUCUACAUGAUGUUUUGGCAUUGUCAUGAUCAUUUAUUUAAAAAAAAUUUAAUCUUGCAAACAAUUUUGCCAUUUUAAAAUUGAUUUUAAGUUAUACUAGGUCCUAAAAAUUCUUGUAGUAAAGUAAACAAAAUUUAAAAUGCCUAAAUAAGAAUAAUAAUGUUCUGAUGAACAACUUUUUUUUCCCCCACUUUGUAGGCCAAAUUCAGCCAGCACUCUCUAAGAGCUGUGGAAAUGCUGUGUGGAAGACAUGCCCCAGCAGGCGUACCAAACAAGGAGGGUAAGCUCCCCAUUCAGUGUCUGCCCAGUCUCACUGACAGAAGAUGUCAGUACCUCAAAAAUGCUAUGGGGAGACAAGGUGUGUCAACUAGGAACUUACCUGGCAAGGUGGCUGGCUCCAAAGAUCAAACAAAAUCUGGCCCGCCCAAAGAAGGCCCAAUCACUGGAAAAAGAAACAUUGAGGUUACCCUGGUUAUUUUUCUAUGCCUAGUUUAGUCACAUUUUGACUGAAUCUUUAACUGUACACCAAGCUUGUCCAGCAAAUUUAAAUUAAAUAGUUCACUAUACAACUUGCUUGUCCGACACAGUCAGCUUGAUACAACUUUAACACAAGGUUAUGCCUUGAUUUAAAAAAGGGUUGUUUUGUUUUAAAUUUUUAAAAUUUAUAAAUGGAUGUUUCUAUUAUUUUAAAAAAAUCUUAUAGGAUAUUCUAUGGAAAUCUUAAACAGAUAAAAUACCUUUUUUUUUAAAUUUCCUUAUUGUGGUGAUAUUAAAAUAUACAUUUUCAACAGGCUGCAAGAAGCACGGCUGAACAAAUCCUGAAAGAAAUCCCAGAUGUUAGCUUUGAUUUCCUGCUUGAAAAGGGGGAUAGCAAAGGAAACGCAGACCAAAACCAACAAGAUUCUGAGGAGGAGGAGGAGGACGAUGAUGAUUCUGAGGAUUCGAGUGCUGAGACAUCAGUGUCUGAACAAGAAAGUAAGGAAGAAUCUCUUUUAGUUAGACUUGUACACUCUGGAAGGAACAAUCUCUUUAGUUGGAUAUGUACACUCACGGAAGGAAAAAUCUCUUUUAGUUAGACAUGAACAAACAUGUAAGGGAGAAUCUCUUGUUGUUAGUCAUGUACAAACACCAUUUAAGAAACUAAACUUUUUAUUAUGGGCCUUGGAAUUAUUGCCAGAAUUCUGGAUAGUCAAUGGAUCCAGGCUUUGGUGGGUAGAGGGGCUAAUGAGGCUACUUCCCUACUGAACCUGCCACCCUAUAUCCCAUCCAGAUGUUGGUGGGUACAUGCACCAGUGACCUUACUGCCCUACUGAACCUUUCCACCCCAUAUCCCAUCCAGAUGUUGGUGGGUAGUGGGGCCAGUGACUUUAUUGAACCUACUGCCCCAUAUUCCAAGAAGUUUCUUGGAUUUAUGGGUAGAACAUUUGAAAUAUUGUUAAUCUGUUGUAUAAAUGCAAUCAUGAAUUGUUAAUACUUUUUUUAAAAUCUUAGUUUUAUUGGUUUUUAUAUUUGAUUGAACAGAAAGUUUCACCAAAUUAACUGAUGCAUAUGAUAUUCUUUUCCUAUCGAUAACUGAUAAUAUUUCUGUAUCUUUUGUGUGAAGAUUAUGAUUUUGAUGGGGGAAAAUCAAGUGACAGUAAGGAGGAUCAUUCAGAGGAGGGCAGUGUGGAACUUGAUGUUAAAUCUUUUGAUAACCUUGAGUGGGAUGUGGAAUGUACAGGUAAACAAGAUGUGUUUUAAGAACAAACUGCUGGACAAGUUGUGGUGACAUGAGGUACAAAAAUAUCUGAAUAAGUUCUAGUAAGUGACAUGAUGCACUAUUAGGUCUUGAUGUGUUCUAGUGACAUGAUGUACAAUUAGAUCUGGAUAAGUUUUAGUGACAUGAUGUACAGUUAGAUCUGGAUGAGUUCUAGGGAUAUGAUGUACUAUUAGGUCAUGUAUGUUCUAGUGAUAUGAUGUACAUAGUGACAUGAUGUACAAUUAGAUCUGGAUAGUUCUAGUGACAUGAUGUACAAUUAGAUCUGGAUAAGUUUUAGUGACAUGAUGUACAGUUAGAUCUGGAUGAGUUCUAGGGAUAUGAUGUACUAUUAGGUCAUGUAUGUUCUAGUGAUAUGAUGUACAUAGUGACAUGAUGUACAAUUAGAUCUGGAUAGUUCUAGUGACAUGAUGUACAAUUAGAUCUGGAUAAGUUCUAGUGACAUGAUGUAAAAUUAGAUCUGGAUAAGUUCUAGUGACAUGGUUGACAGUUAGGUCUGGAUAAGUUCUGAUGAGUGACAUGAUGUACAAUUAGAUUUGGAUAAGUUCUGAUGAGUGAUUAUGAUGUACAGUUAGAUCCUGAUAAGUUGUGAUGAGUGACAUGGUUUACAGUUAGAUCUGGAUAAGUUCUGAUGAGUGACAUGAUGUGCUGUUAGAUCUGGAUAAGUUCUAGUGUCAUGAUCUACAGUGGAUCCAAACAAUAUGUUCAUAUAUUAACUUAUCAGUAUCAUGCAAUCAAAUUAAUUUUAUUAGAGGGCCAUUUUCAAAUUAAAAAUGAAAAAAUAUAUUAUUAAUAAUUUUAUUAAAAUAAAAUUAACAAUUGAAGAGGAAGUUUGGAGUCUGCUAAGAAACAGGAAAGAAAGAUUGGCCCCUAAAGACAGCAAUUCUGGAGAAAAUCAGAAGAAGACCAGGAAGGAGAGAAUACCUGACUUUUUGAAAGAAAUUAUUGUAAAAAAAAUUCAGCAGCUUGCAUCUGGUGACUGGAGGCCCCAGCUGCAGGUACACACAAUUUUAUCCCAAAGAUGUUUUAUCAAAUUUUCAUUUAAUUUUAAGUAUAUGUGGACUAAAACUUUUAUCAAGAAUAUUUGAAUUUGAUGUUAUUGUUUUUCAGUGACUUUCUGAUUAUAAUGUUUGUAAAUGAGAAAAUAAAAUGAAUAGCAAAAUAAUAUACAAUAUAAUUUUUUCAGAGCCCAAUAAAAGGUGUCCCUGAUACCCUGCUGUUGUACAGAAUUCUUUUACCGCAAGGUGCAAGUUUAAUAUGGGAGCUGGCUGUUGCAUUUUCUCCCCGACGCAGUGAAACCGCAGAAAGGCUCUUGGCCACCGGGGCCGGUGAGGACAUGUCGGCAGUGAAAGGAGGGCGGAUCUACUCUGAGUUGAUCAGAAUUUGGACUGUCGUUCUCAAGAACUCGGAUCUGAGGAGGGCGGUUCGAAAAAUUGUUAGCGCCCAUGAAAAAGGGAAGAGCUGCAUCAUUCAGGUGAAAUAUCGCAAACUAUUCUGACAAGGAUAGUGCAUUUUCAAACCCUUGAUUUCACAUAACAUUUUCCCUUUUUUUCCUAUUCCAUGCUCAGUAGAAAAUAAUCAAAUAAUGUACAGUUUAAGUUGAUCACACCAACAGACUGGAUUUAAAACAUGCAACAACAGACUGCACAAUAUAAUCACAACUGCACAAUAUAAUCACACCAAUAGACGGUAUAAAAAAAAUGACAACAAGAGGUGGUACACAGUAAUGACACCAACAGAUUUAACAUGAUCUAUUUGAAUUUACAUUCAGUUAUUCAAAACUGCAAACGGUGUUAAAUGUUGAUCACAUUGAUAUCCACUAAUCCACUUGUUCUCUUGUCCUUUUGAUUGACAGAAAAAGCUCCAGGGUCUGAGCAGUAGCCAGUUCUCAGGCAAAGAGGUGAUCACUCGUUUCCCGGAGCUGUACGUCGAGAGAAGUUCUGACCACUCUGCAGUCCACAUGGAGGUCCAAAAUAAGUUUGAAAAGCUGCUUUUCCCUCCAGCAAGCACCCACAAAAAUGAAUUCCACAUUCUAAAAUUUUACUCCUUCUCCUCAUCGCUGGUGUCGGCCAUACUGAACAACUCAGACACCAAGGUUAGGAGUCUCAUUUCUGUUUCAGUCUAUUUUUCCUUCUACAUCAGUGGUUCUCAACCUUCUUAAUGCCGAGACCCUUUAAUACAGUACCUCAUGUUGUGGUGACCCCCAGCCAUAAAAUUAUUUUCAUUGCCGCUUCACAAAUAUGUGUUUUCCGAUGGUCUUAGGCGACCCCUGUGUAAGGGUCGCCUGACCCCUCCCCAAAAUAGGUCACGACCCACAGGUUGAGAACCACUGUUUUAUAUGUUUAUUGUAGAUCAGAAAAAAGGCAUGGGAGCUGAGGCAGCACAAACAAAAGUGUAUGUCACAGUUGAGAAACCAAUGGCUCUCUACUGGUCAUUUCUUAAAUGAUAAAGUUGAAGAUAUGUUUUUUAAAGUUUUCAAAUGCUUGUCCUGACAUUUCCGAACGUAUUACUUAAAGUGUUGAAAAGUUUCAACUGCAAACAAAUUAGCCAAUAGAAAUACUGUUUGCAUUGUCAUAUUUUGAUACAUGUCUAUCCAAAGAUAAGGUCUUUUUUUUAAUAAUGUGCUGCCACGUUGAUUGAUUGUGCAUAAUCAGAAGUUUGUGAAUUGUUUUCUUUCAUUUCUACUAAGACAUUAUCUGUAUCAGCAUUUAAAUUGAAACUUUAAGAACUAACAAAAUUAUUAUGAGCUGGAGAGACCAAAGAAGCAACUUCAUAAACCUUAUUUCUUUUAAGUUUUGACACUAGAAUGAUCAAAUUUUACUUUUACUUGAACCAUUUACUAGAGAUUAUAUUUUGGCUUGUCUAAUAGGAAAUCUUAGAAGCAGCAUGAAAACCGAAUAAUUAUAGAAAAAUUAUGGGGAACAAAAAUAACGGGAAAAUUAUUAAUUUCUGCAUCAUGUGAUUGCAAGGUUAUUAUCAAUUUGUAUUCUAUUUAGAUUGACUUUCCAUUUCGGGUCACUGACUUUGAACAUGCCAUCAUCAAUGUUGACUCCAGCUCGCCUCUUCUCUUGCUUGGUCGUAGCGGCACAGGGAAGACAACCUGCUGUUUGUACAGACUUUGGAGUGUGUUUCUCUGUUACUGGGAGCAGGCAGUGAAACAUGGACGCCCCUUGUUGCCUCGAAGUGAUCUACCUGAAAAUUUAGACUUUGGUAUGUCUGUCAGCAUGUCCACACCCAUUGGAAGACAAUCCCAUUUUGCCACUCAGUCCCUUGUAUGUCUGUCAGCAUGUCCACACCCAUUGUAAGACAAUCACAUGUUGCCACUCAGUUCCUUGUAUGUCUGUCAGCAUGUCCAGACCCAUAGUAAGACAAUCACAUGUUGCCACUCAGUCCCUUGUAUGUCUGUCAGCAUGUCCAGACCCAUUGUAAGACAAUCACAUGUUGCCACUCAGUCCCUUGUAUGUCUGUCAGCAUGUCCACACCCAUUGGAAGACAAUCCCAUGUUGCCACUCAGUCCCUUGUAUGUCUGUCAGCAUGUCCAGACCCAUUGUAAGACAAUCACAUGUUGCCACUCAGUCCCUUGUAUGUCUGUCAGCAUGUCCAGACCCAUUGUAAGACAAUCACAUGUUGCCACUCAGUCCCUUGUAUGUCUGUCAGCAUGUCCACACCCAUUGGAAGACAAUCCCAUGUUGCCACUCAGUCCCUUGUAUGUCUGUCAGCAUGUCCAGACCCAUUGUAAGACAAUCCCAUGUUGCCACUCAGUCCCUUGUAUGUCUGUCAGCAUGUCCAGACCCAUUGUAAGACAAUCACAUAUUGCCACUCAGUCCCUUGUAUGUCUGUCAGCAUGUCCACCCAUUUGAAGACAAUCACAUGUUAACACUCAGUCAUGGUUUCUUUUUUUUUUAUAAACUAAUCUGGAUUUCAUUGAUGACAAAUUUCAUCACAUUUAAUUUAGAAAAUUACUCAGGUCAAAAGCAAAAAUCUGUUGAAAUCGAUAAAAUUGAAACUUGUGCCAUUCAAUCCUUUACCAGAUAACAAUCCUGAAGAAACAAGUGCUCCUAAAAAUGAGAGUGCUGUCCCUGCUCCGGACAGUCAUGAAUUUCUGGAUGAUGUGUCUGAUGAUGACAGCAGUUCUCAAGCUGAUGCUGAUGAUGACCAUGGCACCUGGUUUGAGCAUCUUCAUCAGGUACAUCCAUUAUACCUGGGAACAUGCGCUGUAUUAUAUUGUAAUAAUAAUCAUAAUUAUUAUCAACUUCUAUACUUUAAUGGUUACUUUUAAUGGUUAUACAAAUAAUAUUUAUAUAUACACACACACACACACAGACAACAGGAACUUACUUUGCUAUUAUAGAAGGUUUCUUAAAGAAUUUGGAAAUUGUACGGAAAUAAAUAAGAUCAUGUUGACAUUAAAAAUUAUAUAUUUUUUUUUUUUAUGGUCCUGUCUGCAGGUAUUCGUAACAAAAAAUCCAGUACUGUGUACAGAAGUUGAAAAAAACUUCCUCAAACUUAGACAUGCUUCAGCCAUUUUACUUGAACACAACAGCAGAGCCACAAAAUCUUUACCCAACACAUUGCAGGUGAGAUCACAGUUUUCUUCUUCUCAUGGAGUUUAUUCAAUGAAAUUAAGACAACUCAGAAAUAUGUAGUUAUUUUGUGUAUGCAUUUUUUAAAUAUUUUUUUUUACUUCCUUAUUUAAACUGUGUUUUUAACAAAUCUUUUCAACGAUAUUGUUAUAAUAUAUAUAUAUUUAUAUAUUUAAAUUUUUUUUUUUAAGUUCGUUAUUUAACUAAGCAUCAUGUGUUAAACUUUUUCAAACAAUUGAUAGAUAUUUUGCGUUUUCCACUUCAUUAUUUUAACUGCGUGUUUAAAGCUCUUUUAAGCAAAAAAUCUUGAUUAUUUAAACUGCAUGCUUCUUUGAAACAAUCUCCGCCAUCAGGAGGUGGAUGACCUGUGCUUCCCAUUGUUUCUAACUUCAAGACAGCUGCUCCUGAUGCUGGAUGCUUCAGCUGACGGGGAGCCAUUUUUCCCAAGGGAUGAAGAUCUGGCUCUGAAAGUGGACAUCCCUGGUUGGGGGACACAGGAAGACAUAUUUAACAUUGCUCCACUCAUACAUGACUUCUUAGUAGACAGUUCUGAGGAUGAAGAAGAUGAAGGUAAUCUUAUGAAAAACUGAUGAAAUUUGGUAUAUUUCCAGUUUGAGUUUAUUUUUGUCACUUACAUUAAUGUUAUCGCUUUAAAACUUCAUUUGAUCUUUUUUAUUUGUUAAAAUCAUAAUUUUUUUUAAAUACCGGGUUUGAAAUUUCAUAUUAAAAAAGUCUGGCGCUCAUUACUAUUAAAUAAAGAAAGAACUCUCUUUAACUGGGCUUUUUAUAUUGCAUACAUUGUUCAUUUUGUAAUAAAAAUUCAUUCUUCUAUUCCAGGGGUCGUCAAACUUUUUAAACUGUCCCUCAGACACUAUGGGGACCAGACUAUAGUUUGAAAAAAAAAAAAGAACAAAUUCUUAUGCAAACUGGCACAUAUUUGUAGUGCUAAAAUAAAAUAGGAAGAAUAAUGCACUAUUUAAGACCAAUUUCAAUCAAUAUAAAUCAAUCAAUAGUAUUUCAAUAGGAGGUAUGGGCCUGCUUUUUGCUAAUGCAAUGGUUAAUGUCCGGCUCCAUAUUUGUCCCUGCUAUUUGUGCUCUCCAGGCUCCAUACCCUUGUUGGUCCGGAUCUUGCUGCAACAUUAGGACCUCUGUUCUAUUAGGACACAAUACAUUAUUUAACCGUUAUGUAAAUUGUAUGAACCGUAUUUUUAUUAAAAUAAUAUUCAGGCCUAUAUCAAUCUUUCACGUACUUUUAUUCUAUCAAGGCUCAGUGAGAGUGAAAAACAUUCAACAUAAUGGGGCAAGGUCCAAGUUGAAGGCUGAUCCAAGGAGAGAAUGUACCUAUGAAAUUUUUUCUGAAAUUUGGCCAAAGGUGACCAAAAAAAUUCAGGUAAUCUCAGUCUUGCUCAUAACUGGCAGACAAUUUGGUGUUAAUGUCUAUGUGUUAAAUUUACUGUAGCUACUAGUCACAAGAGAAUUACUCAUUUGAUUACCUACAGAGUGGGAACACAUAAUGACUGUAAUUUUGGAUUAAAUCAAAUUCAAAAUACCAUAAUUUAUAUUUUUAUUCUUAAGUUAAACCCAAAACUUAAAUAAAAAUUGAGAGUAUUCAAUAUAACUACUACAUUAUUAUUUGGUAAUUUGUAAUUAUUUUUUUAAAGUAGAUGCAGCAAUCCAAAUAAAUGAAUUAGGCCAUUUCCUUUGUUUUUUAUGCCCUUGGGAAAACUAUGAAAUAUUCCCUCUGAUGUAUUCUGCCCUUGAUAAGCUAAGCCAUGAGAUACUGAAUUAGGGUAAAAAAUAUCCUUUUUUUAUAGUCUUCUAAAAUUCCUAUUUCAAAUAUCAAAUGGGGCGCUGAUAAUCCUCACAGAGAGAAUGCCAUCGAAGUUCUAUUUGAUUUAUUUCUUUUUAAAAACUUUUGUUGCUUGAAUCCAUUACCACUGGUAGGAUUGAGGAUACUGAGAAUCUGAGACAAAAGUGCUCUCAGCAUGGUCACAGUCUCCCCCCAUAUUUAUUUUUAAUAUUUAAGCAAUUUUUAAAAAAAAAUUGAUGGUGUGAAAAGAUUAUAGUUCCUUCCCUAUCUAAAGGCUAAUGUAAUUACUUAUUGUUUCAUUGCCUCCUUUUCUAAAUUAUAUAUUUUUAAAAUUUGCUUUUGUUUUAUGUGUCAAUUCUUUACUUGCUAGAUUGACUGUCAUCCAUCUCUUGUCUGGACGGAGAUCAUGUCUUUCAUCAAAGGAUCAUUUGAGGCCCUUUACACAGAGAAAGGCUAUUUGGAAAAAAAUCAAUAUUUGGAAUUGGGUCGGAAAAGAGCUCCCAAUUUCAGCGGGGACCGCACGCAAGUGUAUGAGGUUUUCUUGCGAUACCACAGCUACAAGCAGCAGCACUUCCUGUUUGACGAGGCAGAUCUUGUCUUUAAAGUGUACACCAGACUUCGUACUGUUAGUAUUUUUUUCAACGCAUAAAUGGCUUAAAAUGUUAUUAGUAUAUGCAUCGUUAUUAUUGAGUAUAUUAACAGCCGUUUGGGAAAGAGGUUUAUUGCCUAAAUUUUUACCUUAUGUAUGAAUAAAUAAAUAAAUUAACAACUACUUCCUACUUACCUAUUUUUAUAAUAAUUAAAAAAAUAUAAGAAGCUGCUUUUUUUUCCCUGUGCAAGUCGGGAAGGGGGUGGGGUGAGGAAAGGGUGAAUGGGUGACUGUUGUGAAUGAGAAAGUAUUUUAUUUUCUUAAUAAUUAAUUUCAUAAGCAUCACUGCAUUUUGUAAGUCAUUUUUGAAACCAUUUGAAAUUAAAUAUAAAUAAGUACAUUUUUAAAAAAAUUACCUUUAUGCUUUGGCUUAUCUAAAUUGGGCAAAUGGUACUUAUGGCAAGCUCUGAAUUUUGGUCCCUGUCCAAACAUCCUGGUAACCAUUACUGCUGCAGUCAAUCCUGCUCUAGGCAACCAUUUUUUAUUUACCUUAAAUCUAAAAUAGUAAAUAAUCAAUUCUUUAACAUUUCUAACUUGUUUAAAUAUUGCUGCAAUUAAUUUGUUUCUUUCCUUUUGAAACUCUCCUUUGUUUGUAGAUGACUUACUGCCCCUGGACUUUCCAUGAGAUCUAUGUGGAUGAGACCCAGGACUUCACCCAGGCUGAACUGGCUCUCCUUGUCUCACUGUGCUAUGACCCCAACAAAAUGUUCCUCACUGGGGACACUGCUCAGAGUAUCAUGAGGGGGAUUUCUUUCCGCUUCAGUGAUUUGAGAGCAUUGUUUCAUUAUGCUAAAGAGACUGCAAAAGAGAAUGAAAAAUAUUUGGCAAAAAUUGAGGUAUGGAUUGCCUGAACAAAUUUUUCCACUCAAAAUAUUAUUAUUUUAAAAAAAAUUGAUCUAUGGUUUAAAAUGCAGUAUUAUUAUCAAAUAUUUAUUUAACUUAUUUAAUCAAUGUUUCUUUUUUUAAGAACUUAAGGACAUCUGGGGGUGGAUUUGCAUUUAAAUACUUGGUUAUUAAAGUUUUAACAAAUUAGUUGAUUUAAAAAAUAAAUUUAAAAUAUUUUUAUAUCCUUUCUAAUAAGUCCAUUUGAUUAACAUAAGCUGAACUUCUUUAUAUUUCCAGGUUCCUAAAAAAAUCCACCAACUUCGUCACAACUAUCGGUCACAUACAGGAAUUCUCUCCCUUGCAUCAGCUGUUUUGGACAUACUCACAGAACUCUUCCCAGACUCUUUUGACCCUCUCCAGAAAGACCAGGGCAUGUUCGCUGGUCCCAAGCCAGUCAUUAUUGAGUCUUGUAGUCCAGGCAAGAACUUUUGAGAAUUUUUUUUUUCAUUUCAAUGUGAUGUUUCCAUUCACAGAUAUAGGGGUGUAUAAGAAUUAUAAUGAUUUUAAUUCAAACAACUGGCACUGCGCUUAAUCAAAAGGAAAUUGUUUAAAUAAAUGCACAAUACCUCGACAUUGUCUGACAAAUAUUUGUGAGAAUGUUUAAAAAUAAUAAAGAAUGUUCAUUAAAUGUUGAACAAAUGAUCUGCUCUGUGUAUUCUUUGGUAGUGUAUCAUAAACUAAACUACUGAACUUGUUGAGCUCUGAUGCAGCCUCUUCUGAUAGCUUAACUAAAGUAACACUGUAGUAUUUAAGGUCACUUGUAUAACCUUCAUUUGGAUAAGAAAAAAACUGUGACAUCGAGAGCAUUCAACUGAUUGUCCAUUUUAAGCAAUUUUUUCUAAAGCUCUAUGCAUCCUGUUAACCUCCUAGUGAUACCUAAUGAUGAAAACUUCGUGUACAUAACAUGUUCCAUGAUGGAGCCCAUUUUUUUUAUUUGUUUCAGGUGACCUGGCAUUGCUGCUGACUGGGAACAGAAGGAAGACCUCCCACAUUGAGUUUGGUGCCCACCAAGCUAUUCUGGUUGUGAAUGAGGAGGCCAAGACCCACCUGCCAGAAGAGUUGAGCACUGGCAUCAUCCUGACCAUAUAUGAGUCCAAGGGGCUGGAGUUUGAUGACAUUCUCAUCUACAACUUUUUCAAAGACUCACAGGUACUACUAGUUUUUUUUUUCAGUACUGGAAAUAACCCGCCAAACAAUAGCGGCAGCAAUGUCUGAUCUUCCCAUCUGCCAAAGUUACUUGACAAAACAUGCAUUCAAGUACCGCACUUGAUAAGAAUCCCAAUGAGUGCUAACUUCUGGGAAUUUUAUAUUGUGCGCCUAUUGAGCACAGCGUUACAACCAUAUUUACAUAAGAUAAGAUAAGAUUCUUUUAUUGAUCCAAAUAAAUGGAAAUUUUUUUUGAUUGCAUUAUAUAUUUUCAGCACAAAAAUAAAACAAUUUGAAUCCAAGACAUUUAUAAUAAAUCAUUUCAAACAGCCAUUCAGUGAGUUCUCUUAGCAAAAUCAGGGACUUAUUAGAUCUCAUUCAGAUGUGUGACUUCAGAGGAAGCACGCCGGUAAAUUGGUACAGAUUGGGGAACAAAAGAAUUUUUAUAUCGGUCAGUCCUCGCCCUGAUGGAAAGAAUUCGUCCCGAACGGCCCGAUCCUAAGUAUCUAGGAUGAAGAGGGUGGGAUGUAUCAUCCAAAAUGUGUUUAGUUUACAUACAUAUAUACCUAGAGAAUUAUUAUUUGUUAUCGUUAUUUUUACUUGGACUUCUACCAAUAGUUUUGUUAAUUGAAUAGAUGAGAGUAAAAUAAAAACUGACUAAUCUUGGCAUAUAAACAGUAAAGCUUUGUUGUUGACAUUUUUGUAGGUCUAAAUAUUUGAACACUGUUGAAUUUUAAAUUCCAGCUCAUUAUAAAAAUUCAUGAUAAAAACAAUGUUUUGGUGGGGGGUUUUUUGAAUUAAAAAAUAAAAAUAUGUUUUAUGACUUGGAAUGAUGACAUAAUGUAAAUCAAGUAAAUAUAUUUACUUUUAUAAGUUAAUUCAAAGUUUUUACAAACAAACUAUAAAGUAUGUCACAGUUGGGCUUUUAGAGUCUGUGGCUGUUGUUAAUAGAAUUAUCUUAUUUGUUAUUUUGAUUGUUUCAAUUUGAACAGACUAAAAAAGAAUGGAGGGUGGUCACGGCAAUACUAGAAAAACUUGCUUCAAGGGGUGAUCAAGAAGGACAAGGUGAUGAUAAUCUAGUGGAAAUUGAUACAGGUAAAUAUUGAAAUGAAAAUCUAGUGGAAAUGGAAACAGGUAAAUAUUGACAUGAUGAUCUUGUAGAAAUUGAAACAGGUAAAUAUUGACAUGACAAUCUUGUAGAAGUUGAUACAGGUAAAUAUUGAAAUAAAAAUCUAGUGGAAAUUGAUACAGAUAAAUAUUGAAAGGAAAAUCUGGUACAAAUUGAAACAGGAUAAUCUUAUAGAAAUUGAUACAGGUAAAUAUUGACAUGAUAAUCUAGUAGAAGGUUGAUCCAGAUUAAUAUGAUAUGAAUGUAAGGUAUUGAAAUAUUUAUGACUUCUUUAAUAUCUCUGUUAUUUUGGUGUUUGCUUUUGAAUGUUUAAAAAACCAGCCAAAUUUGACACAUAAUUGUCCCAUCUUUUUUGUUUUUGUUUCAAGAUGUGCUGAGUCAAAGCAGUCGACCUCGUCCACUUCAGUUUGAUCCAAACCAGCACAAAAUUCUGAACUCAGAGUUGAAACACCUGUACACAGCUCUGACCCGUGCCAGGGUCAAUGUCUGGAUAUUUGAUGAGGAUGAAGAGAAGAGAGCCCCAAUGUUUGAAUAUUUUAAAGCACUGAAGCUUGUCAAGUGUAUGGCCAGUGGAAGCACUGAGGACAUAACUGAAGGUACUGCUGGACAUUAAUGGAUCAAUACUUGACUGAAAGUAUUGUGGGGCAUUAACUGAUCAAUACCUGACUGAAGGUAUUGCAGAACAUUAACUGAUUAAUACUUAACUGAAGGUACUGCUGGACAUUAACUGAUCAAUAUUUAACUGAAGGUGUUGCGGGACAUUAACUGAUCAAUAUUUAACUGAAGGUAUUGCAGAACAUUGACUGAUUAAUACUUAACUGAAGGUAUUGCUGGACAUUAACUAAUCAAUACUUAACUGAAGGAUUUGCUGGACAUUAACUAAUCAAUACUUAACUGAAGGUAUUGUUCUAAUAUAAAAAAACAUUCCAAUGGCUACUAGUUUAGUUGGCCUGCCAGCACACAUAUCUAAUUAUUCAAUCAUUACUGACAUGUCUUGCCUCUCUUCCCCAGAGAUAAUGUUCACAGAGACAUCAAGUCCCAGGGAGUGGAGACUAGCGGGAGACAACUACAUGAAGCAACGCUUGUACACUAUAGCUGCCAAAUGUUACAGGUAAGUGCUUGAACAUUAUACUUGCCAAAUGUUAAAGGUAAGUGCUUGAACACUAUAGCUGCCAAAUGUUACAAGUAAGUGCUUGUACUCUAUAGCUGCCAAAUGUUAAAGGUAAGUGCUUGAACACUAUAGCUGCCAAAUGUUACAAGUAAGUGCUUGUACUCUAUAGCUGCCAAAUGUUACAGGUAAGUGCUUGUACAUUAUAGCUGCCAAAGCUUUUUAGAUAAAUGAAUAUUAGGCAUAAGCCGAAAGUUUGGCGUAAACCUAAAGUAUCAAAAUACAUAAUUCUCUAUAUAACAAUUUCUUUAACGCUACCAGAUGGCGCUGGUGUCACUAAAUACAAUGAGAAUAUACGGUAAGUGUGUUUGGUGCGUAGUAUUUUCAUUUGUCUAACGGCAAUGGUUGGUGUAAUAAAUCUCCUGUAAAGUGGGGGGGAGGGGGGGGACAUAAGAACACCAAUAUAAUUCAUGGGGGGUGACAUGGGGGGGUGGGCACUAACUGGGAAUCUUAAAUAGUGUUUUACUUGAAUGCAUGUUUUGUGAAGUAGCUUCAGUAGAUGGGAAGAUCUCGCACUGCAGCUGCCGUUGUUAGGGUGGCUAUAGCUAGUGUAAUGAUAAUUCAAGAAAGCUGUUACAAGACCUAUAGCUGUGUUUCUUUGUCUUUUCCAUAACAAAUGCACUUAUAAAAAUAUUCUUUUAAGAUUUUUCUCUUUUUUGAUAAACAUUUUCAAGGAAAGCCUCACAACCUGAAAAAGAAAAGCUGGCAAAUGCAUACCAGACAGCACUGGAAGCCUCUAGAAAGAAAACAUCCCCAAGAGAGAUAAGGGACUUGUACCUUCUGGCUGGUACACAAUUCCUCAAGUGUGAUGACCUGCACAAGGCCGCUCUGUGCUUCCAGAACUCACAAGAUUACCAACUUGCUGCUCUGGCCUUUAAAAAGAACGGCCAGGUUAAAAACCCAGUCUUUCAUUAUUUCACAUUUAAACAUCAACAUCAGGGUUUUUAAAUUACCUAACAAAACCAAACUUAAGGUCUCAGAUAAGACUGUCAUGUCAUUGUGAGGCAUUGUGAGAACAGUUGUCUAAUUCCUCAUAAUAAAUAGUGAAAAGGGAUUUUUUAAAAUAAUUAUUUUUUAAAGAUAAUUGUUAUAGAAGUGGGGCGGGGUGUUUUUUUAAAAUGGGACCGGAUUUUUUUUUUUUAAAUGGGACUGGGAGUUUUUUUUAAAAUGGGACUAGAUGCAGUGUGCUAAAUAUAUGGCAUGGGAAAUGUCAAAUGCCUAAGGGAACAAACCCUUAAAGAAAAAUGUGUGAUAGGAAUUAUAUCAGCCAACAAAUAAAUGGAGGCUUGUAAUCCUGGAUAACUGUGUCAUAGCCAAGACUAUUGCAAUUUCAUCAUAUUUAUGAUCUUAACUGGAUAGCCAGGAAAGAUGUAAUGCAGUCAGAUCACAUAAGCUUCUUGUUAUGGGCUCUUUACAUUACUAUGUGAAGGAUAACAUACAUAUAAUAAUGACAUAAUAUUACCUGCCUAGGUAGUAUUUAAACACAGCAAUUUUCAUAGACCUUGUGGUUUUAUUAAUACUUAAGUAAUGAUGAAUCACUGUCGAAUAUAGCCUCGGACAUCUACACACAUAACGGACGAAAAACAGUAAUGAUGACCAUGGCCAAAUUUCAGAUCAGUCAGUUGCCCACUAAAAGCAUGACUGAAAAGAUCUAAUGGCCCAGUAAAAAAAUUGAUUCGUAGAUUUUGAUGGCAUCAGCCACAUCCGUAAUUUUAUUUGACGUAAACAAUAUUCCCCGUUGUUACUAUUGACAACAUUGACUUUUUCCAUCCUAUGACAGUUGGAAGAGGCAGCUGUGCAGUACAGACGGUGUCAGAACCCAGUGGAAGAAAGCCACUGUCUAGAGGAGCUGGGAUUGUUUGGGCGGGCCAUACGGGUCCUUGUUGACCAGAAAAUGUUUGACAGGGCCAUUGACUGUUUGCACAGAUAUGACAUGCUUGUCAAUGUAAGUAGUGUAGACAGCCAGGAAAUAGUAAGUGUCAAUGUAAAGUAGUGUAGACAGCCAGGAAAUAGUAAGUGUCAAUGUAAAGUAGUGUAGGCAGCCAGGAAAUAGUAAGUGUCAAUGUAAAGUAGUGUAGACAGCCAGGAAAUAGUGUCAAUGUAAAGUAGUGUAGACAGCCAGGAAAUAGUAAGAAUCAAUUAAAUCUAUAGAUAGGGAAAUCUGGUAAUGGGUGGGUAUGGACACGUAGGAUCGAUGUCCAGAUGUGGACAUUUAGGAUUGGGCAGCAGAGCUGUCGCAUGGGCCCUGCAAGUCCUGGUUGUAACGUGGAAAAAUAAUCCAUCAGCCUUGAAUUUUAGGAGGCACAAAAUGAAAAGUGGCAGGGGUCUCCUAAAGCUAUGCAACAGCUCUAAAGGGUGUGAAUGGAAAUUUAGGAAAUGGGAGCAUGGACAUCUAUUAAUGGGUAAAUACGGACAUCUAGUAAUUGGAGGAUAUGGAAAUCUAGAAAUUGGUUGGUGUGGACAUCUAGAAAUGGGUAGAUAUGGACAUCUAGUAAUGGGUGGGUAUGGACAUUUAGAAAUGAGUAGGUAUUGACAUCUAGUAAUGGGUAGGUAUGGACAUUUAGUAAUUGGUGGAUAUGGACAUCAAGGCAUCAACAUUGUUUUCAAAUACUUUUAUUUAAGGUAAAUAAACUGUUGAAACUAUUCAUGAAUUUUUUUUAAAACAGAAACUGAAACAAGAAAAAAGAGCCCUGCCGGCUGUGCUCAUUGAGAACAAGCCAAGCAGUUCUGAAGAGAAUCUUUGCUACAGGUACAUAAUUUAAACAUUUUCUUAUAUUGUACUACAGUACUGACAUUCAUUUGCCUGACCGUCCUUGUGUACCGCAACUGCCCACCAGUGCUCUCUAAGGGCCAGGCGCCUAUAAGCGCAAGCGCAGCGCCCUCUGAGCGCCAGCGCAGCGCCCUCUGAGCGCCAGCGCAGCGCCCUCUGGAACAUGGGAAUUUGAGCACGAAACAAAUCAGUUCUUAGAUAGCCAAUUUCAAGACAAAAUAUCAAUUUACCAACUCCAUGUCAGCAAUCUCUUUUUGCCUUCUCUCACCUCCGCAGUGCCGCCACACAUUACUUUGAACGCAGUGAAAAGGGGAAAUGUCUUGCGGCGAUCAACAGAGUUCAAGACAAAGGCUCUCAGAUACGAUUCUUGCAGGAAAAGGGAUUCUGGGUUGAGGCUGCUGAAAAAAUGAUGGAGGACGGUUUGUGGCUUUUGUCUGUUCUGAUUGAAAGUUGUUUUGUUGAUGUUGUCUGCUCUGGUUGAAAGUUGUUUUGUUGAUGUUGUCUGCUCUGGUUGAAAGUUGUUUUGUUGAUGUUGUCUGCUCUGGUUGAAAGUUGUUUUGUUGAUGUUGUCUGCUCUGAUUGAAAGUUGUUUUGUUGAUGUUGUCUGCUCUGGUUGAAAGUUGUUUUGUUGAUGUUGUCUGCUCUGGUUGAAAGUUGUUUUGUUGAUGUUGUCUGCUCUGGUUGAAAGUUGUUUUGUUGAUGUUGUCUGCUGUUAUGCCUGCUGGCGAUUUCUUUAAAAAAAACAUGCUUAAUAUGAAUUUCAUUUUGUCCAUGAAUUUGUGACCACUGUAAUAGAAUCACUUAACUCACAAAUAAAAUAGUAUUUUGAAUACAUUAGCUGAUAUUUCUCCAAGCCAUGUCCCUUCAGGCCUUCCAGUAGAUCAGUGGUUCUCAACCUUCAUAAUGCUGCAACCCUUUAAUACAGAUCCUCAUGUUGUGAUGACCCCCAACCAUAAAAUUAUGUUCAUUGCUACUUCAUAAAUAUUUGUUUUCCGAUGGUCUUAGGCGACUUCUGUGUAAGAGUCAAACGCCUUUCUUUUAAUCAACAAAUUAUUCAGGCUUCUCUAACCUUUUUAUGUUAGACCACAUUAGUCUGAAUACAUCAAAAUAUAUUACUCUAUACAUAGUAACAUCCAUCAUAUCAUAAACUAGGGGUUCUCCAAAAUUUUCAUCGUUAUUCCACUUCAGUUUGUAAUUUUAUAAAAUUGCAUGUCCCUAAUGUGCAUAUUUCAUAAUUUUCACUUGAAAUCUGUACUUCAUCUUUUGUCACCUCUGUGUACCACCUAUAAAAAUCGAAUGCUCCCCUUGUGUUUCAUGUACAACAUUUUUAGAAUUGCUGUUAUGCACCUUUGGUCCACCCUCAUUAUCAUUAUCAUAGAAAGUUGUGGCCUUAUAUUGCAAAAAUUUCAUAAUAAGCGGGGGUUGAGUCUGCAAUCAGGUUCGGUAGAUGGAAAUAUGUGAAAAAAAGAAUGGGAAAACCUGAAAAAGGUCAGCAGCAAAACAACAAGCAUGUCGGCAAGAAGCCAUGUUGGAUACAACAUUUCAACUGAGUGUUUAAAUUUUAAAAAAUAUUUGUGUUACUUUUCGUUUGUACUGUUCGCUGAACUAGGCGUCUGGCGGACAGGUUCAUUGUUUUGUUGCAUCCUUUUUUUUUUUUCCAGGUUUUCCCAUACCUUCUUUCACAUAACUCCUUUAUGCAAAUGUGCUAGGUUGAGCAUAACUAGCCAAGACUCUAAUACAUGUUUGUAAGUGACCGGCUCGUGCCUAUGUAUCGACAGGUCAAACAGAGCAGGCGGCUACACUGAUGUUAAGAAGUGGUGAAACCGACAAGGCCUUGGAGUAUGCCAGGUCUGGUCUUCACAAGCAGCAAACGGCUUUCAUACAUCUGGUUCUGGCCCACAAGCAUGAAACGAAGGACAAUUUCGACUUGGUAAGAUCGUGCUGUGUAGUUAUGGAUUCGCUUGCUUUAACUCGGUAAGGUUUGAGUUUGUGGUCACUUACUUUUGCUAACAUCCAUUUCUCCUCAUAUGAUUCAAACUGUGUAACACAUGGCCCCUACUACCUCUCACUGCCAGAAUUGACUUGAGGAUCACGACAGCCAAAUGUAGUAUCAGUCAUGGGGGCAGUCAUGGGGGUGUGCUACCAGGGAACCCCAAUGGAGGGCCAGCUAAAUCUUUAUUUUUUUAAAUCAUGUAUAAUUAUUUCUUAUUGACCCUACUUUUCUCUCUAUCUUUGUUAGUUAUGGCUGCUAAAAAUCUUCUGCUUUAACUCACUGUUAUUAUACCACUGGGUAUUUAAUCAACUUUCAGAAUAUAAUGUGUAUGAUUUCCUUGUACCAGUUGUUUUAUUGAACAAUUUUUGAAUGUGGGACCAUCUUCAUGAGAAAAUUUGUCAUAAGUAGUGGUAUAAAACUUAGUUAGACUAGUCUAACAUUGUUUAGAACAGAAAUAAUGUUAGACUAGUCUAACAUUGUUUAGAACAGAAAUAAACAAAAUGUUGGGGUGAGCAUCAAACAUAAUCUCUGAAAAUAUUAAAAUUUUUAUAGAGAAAAUCUCAAAAGGUGUUUAGUGUUUUAAAAAACACCAUUAUUUUUGUCAUGAACAUUUCAUGAUUUUUUUUCAGUGGUUGAAUUUAAGCUGAAGACAAUUAUUAUUUACAAGCUUAAUUUUUAUUUAUUUUUUUUGCUUUAGGAAAAGAUCAAAUAUCAUGGCUCAAAAGCACUGGAAAGUUACAUAGAACAAAGUGACUUUGGCGGGCGAGCUAAAGCCAAGCUCAUUCUGGGAAAACACACAAUGGAUGUCAAGCUGCUGAAAGAAGGUUAUAACUUUGGUUUCUUGUACACGAGACCCUAUGAAUACUUGUAAUAUUGUUCCAGUUUAAAAAUUAUCCAGAACAUUCAUCCCUAUGCUGAAAUUAAAUAUGUACAAUGCAAUCAAAACACUUUUGCAUUCUUUGGAUCAAUAAAGGCUACCUUACAUCAUCUUGACCGUUUGAAUUGUGGGAAUGGAAUAAACCCCUCACUCUUUGACUUUUGUAUCUACAGCUUUCAAUGACUUCAACAAAGAAAAGCCUCCAAACGAAGCCGGAAAGCUGGAGUGUUUUGGGGCAUUCAUGGAAACGAAACAAGAACCCCUGACACUUGAGGAGUGUCAGCGUGCCGUGAACAAUAUUAGACAAGCAUUUUCUGUAUGUUGGCUCAUAGUAUUCAAUGAAAAAUUGUCUCCUUAUAUAAAAAAAAGGAAUAGGAUAUUAUAAUAUUUUUUUAUAUAUAGAAAAUUGUAAAUGCAAUGGUAGUGAUCAAAUGUUAAGAAUGAAAUUGCGAUGGAGUACUCCGACUCUGUUUAUAACUUUAGAAAAUGGUAAAAUAUAUAAAAUUGGAAAGUGAUUGUGAUGUUUUGACGCAGUAAAAAAAAAAUAACACUCUUUACUUGUCGUCCACUCCAAUAUGUGGCCAUUAGCAAACAAACAAACAGAAGUAAACAGUUGAUGAACAGAAGUCAUAGUGAAUACAGAAUCGUGUAUUUAUUGAUGGAAUAUUUCCUCACUGGGUUCCAAGUAUUUUUUUACGACAAGAAAUUAAGACUUUUUACGCUCAAGUAAAAACUUAAAAGCACAAAUUUACAAAUGUGUGGAUUAAUAUUAAAGAGGCUUAAUGAACUUAACAAAGGUAAAGCACCAAAUCUGUCUCGACGUAUCUGGUAUAAUAAGUUUUAUUUGUUAUUCCAGUACUGUAUGCAUUAAUCAGUUUUCAUCAUGCCAUGUCUAUCUGCAGAUGGUCCAAGUCCUGAGAGACACAAAAAGAGAUAAAAACGAACAGCAGCUGUUGUACUUGAGUUUUUAUGGUGUGGAGCUGGACGUAGACAAACAACAAGUAACUUGGUACCCACAUGAAUAUCCCCUGUGUCACUGCCUGAUGACUUCUUUCGGGCUAUUGAAAGGUGAAGUCUCAGACAAGGUGACGAUGGAUAAAGCUGAGGUAUGUGAGAUUAUCUCUUGAAAGGUUACCAAUUAUGCCAACACAAUCGGCCUUGAGGAAAGGCUGCCUGAUGACUUCUUUCAGUCUAUUGAAAGGUGAAGUCUCAGACAAGGUGACAAUGGAUAAAGCUGAGGUAUGUGACAUUAUCUCUUGGAAGGUUACCAAUUAUGCCAACACAAUAGGCCUUGAGGGAAGGCUGCCUGAUGACUUCUUUCAGUCUAUUGAAAGGUGAAGUCUCAGACAAGGUGACAAUGGAUAAAGCUGAGGUAUGUGACAUUAUCUCUUGGAAGGUUACCAAUUAUGCCAACACAAAAAGCCUUAUGGGAAGGCUGCCUGAUGACUUCUUUCAGGCUAUUGAAAGGUGAAGUCUCAGACAAGGUGACAAUGGAUAAAGCUGAGGUAUGUGACAUUAUCUCUUGGAAGGUUACCAAUUAUGCCAACACAAUAGGCCUUAUGGGAAGGAAAAUUCAUCCAGCAUGCAACUGAAAAGUUGCAUUUAGAAUAUUAUCCGAUUCAAUGUUUUGGGGAAAGUUAAACGGAUCUUAUUUUGUAUAUCUAUGUGUAAAUCCAUUAAAUUAUAUUUUCAGUGUUAUUUACACUAAAUAUCAAGAGGACAUCCUGGAUUUUUAGGGUUAAACAUAUACAACAUCAUGCAUGCUUCACUAACUAGUACACAUAUUCUGGUGGGGCUUUGAGCUUACGCUAUUAAAACCCUGGCUUGUACAUUGGCAACCAGCUCCAUCUGCUGGGCUGUGGUAUAUAACAUUGUUGUGAUGUAGGACUCUUCCGCCACCCUGCCUGGCCUCCACUGCCACACCUAGCCUCCCCUGCCACAUCUAGCGCUAGGCAUUCCGUCAACAGAUGGGCUAGAGUUUCUGGGACCGGGCUGCAAUGCGGGCAGGUCGGGUCGCUGCUGUUGUCAAGUAUGUGUUGACAGGGCAAUGCUCACUUCUCAUUUGGGUCACCGACAUUAAUAUCUGCUGAAGCGUUACUGAGCAUUUCGCUCUUGAACGGCCGCUCACGAAGAACAGCGUCCAAGACCCCGAUCCGACGUAUUCGUAACCGUUAAAGUCAAGACCAAGAUCAAGGACCCCCCCCCCACUGAGAAGCGGUGGACGCGGAGUCACCAGACUCUGCCUUCAUCGACCUAACUUCCACCAAGGGUCCUGUUUGCCAGGAAGCGGCAUGUUAGUGAAGAUACCUCUGGCUUUCGUGCUUCUGCCCAAUGCCUGUACCGUUUUGUUUGAAAAUCGUCUGCCAACCAGAGAUUGGCGACUGGCCGAGGCUGGGCAGCCACGGUUUUUGCCAGUGUGUCUGCUUUUUCGUUGUCACUUACAUGCCACUUUACUAAAUGGUUUGCUCUACAGGUUGUCUGCGCCCUUGACAAGCAACUUUUGUCCUGGAUCAGUUCUUGGAGCCUGAAGGUGAAACAAAGCUUGGAUGUGUUGGUACCACCACAUCUGCUGUGCAGCAAUUAUUUGGAAGGUCUACCCUGUGAUCUGGCCACUUGCAAAAAUAAACAUGGCAGGUACUCUGCAGAAGAAACUGAUGCCCUCAACAUGCUUAAUACUGCUGUGAGUUUUUUUUCUAAAAGUCAUCCAUUGAUAUUUGUUUUUUUAAAGUCAUUCAUGUUUUUUUUUUGUUUUUUGUUUUUUUGUUGUUGAAAAUAUUAAUUUUAUUUGAACACGCUGUUGGUAGGUGUUCAUCAAUUCUAAAACUUUAAAACUAAUUCCAAAUAUUGUAAUUUUGUAGAGUGGUUCUGGUGCUAGAGCCAGCACUUUAUUUGUGAUGCAGGCGCCAACUUGUUCCAGUUAAUCAGUUUAAAUUUUAAAAAAAACAACUAUUGGCAAGGGAGAUAACUCAUAACUUAUUCCCCUCAUCUGUCAUGGUUACGAAAAUAUUAAAACAAGAAAAUACAAUGUCAUCACUCGUGAAACAAUUCUUGUAUCCCCAGGCACUUUUUGACCAUCAUCUACAAACAGGGUUAGAGAACCUUACAGAGGAAAACAACUUGAAGUCAGACUUAGACAGUCUGACCAAUGUCUCAGUCAAGUGGAAGUCAGCCAAAGAUCUGCUCCGCUUCUUAGUGCCACUGUACCCAUCACAAAAUAGGACAGCCUUUGAUAAGGUCAAACCACUUGUCGCCAAGGCACGGAUCAGCAAAGACUCAGUUGCCCAAGUUGAGAGGUGAGUUCACUAGCCAUAAGUGUGACAUUUAUCUUGUUAUUUUCAAAUUGUGCGUCUUUAACUUCAGGCUUGCAGUCGGCUUCUUUAACUACCACAUCAGAGAAAAAAAUCUUUUUUGGUGAAUCUGUUACAUUACAGGAAGGCUUUAACACAAACCAUUUAUUUACUUACUUAAAAUACAUCCUUUGAGGGGUGAGUUGUGUCGACGCCCGAACAGGUCAUACUUACUUAUCAGCCCCACCAAUACCAGAAAAACUAAUUGGCAUAAAUCCAGAUACCUUGAGUCAAACAUGGAUCGAGAGUCUCUAAAGAGAAUUAAAAAUACCACCUGCAAACCUUAUUUUGCCAAUAUAAUGAAGUGAGCUAACUUCUACCUUGAGCUCUGAAGGCUGUACCGGCCAAUGGAAAUGCCCAUGAUUCUUCAUAAAAACACAACACCUUGCCCUGUCUUCUUAGUUUUGCUAGUGAUAUUUGAAGCAAAAUUAUCUCUUUUUGAUGGAUUUAUCCCCCACACCCCAAAAAUAAUAAUAAUUUCAUCAAAACAAAAUUAAGAAAACACAAACAACAUGACAUAAGGACAAAUUAUUUAGUUUGACAAUCUUGCCUUGAAUUAAAAAUAGCUUUUUUUUUAUGUUGGUCUGUGUAUAUAUUGAUCAAGCAGUGGUUUUAAUAAAUUUUUUUACUGUCAAGAUAGAUGUCAAUAAACAGUGUGAGGUGAAUUGAUGGUGUGCGACCUUGUGAUGAGAGUUUGUAGGUACAGAGAUGCAGAGUUAGUGGGUUGAGAGCCGUCUUAUUAAAGUGUCCGUAGUCCUCUAUCCCCGUGUUUAGUUAGGUGCUGAGAAUUAAUGUGUAGUUUGAUUCUGAGAGGAUUAGUUUUGUAGGUCGUCAGAGUCCUGUAGCUUCAUGCUGAGGUAACGGCCAUGUCAAUAAAGAACAUAAUUGGACAGUCUGUUGGUAUUCUCUGAAUUGUUAAACCCAAGUGUGGCUAGCAAGUGGAAAAAACGAUACCCUAGACAACGUUGAGCUUUAUGAACUGCCCGUCAGUAGAAUGCUUACUCUGGGGCCAAGUAACAUGCAUUAUAUAAGUAUACAACCUAUACCUUACAACAUAAACCAGCAUCAAAUAAAUCUCUUACAGAUACCUGACCUACUUGUGGCAAAAUCCAGGCCGAGUUGGCAAGGGAAAGUCCAAGAAUGUCAUCAAGGAGCGAUGCAAGUCAUGUGACUGGAUUGUCCAGGCCUGUUUCUUUUCAGCCUUAUUGAACUUCGAACACCUUAAUGUUGCCGAUGAGGUGCAGAGCUUAGAGGUAAGAAUACAACAAUUGUCACUGUACCCUUGGGCUUCAUCGUCACUGUACCCUUGUGCUACAGCUUGUUAAUUUUUCUAAAGAAAAGAAAAAGAAACAAUGCAUACAGUUACAUAUAGUAGCAUUUCCCUCUUGUUACUGAUGAUUUCAUCAUAAACCUUGCUCUCGAUAAAACCAUUUUUUUAUUCUUAACGUCAGUGAAAUGAGUCAGGGUCAUUUAAUUUGGAGAAAUGUAUAUCCUCUGAUUUUUUUGAGGUCAUGUGCGUAGAAAAUACAUUUUAGAGAUGGUGCACAUUUUUGUGCGCACUGUAAUAAGGCAAAUCUAAAGAUUUAAAUUGCCUUGUUAAUAGUAUUCAAAUUAAAUGGAUUGGUGUGCUAGGAAAUUAUGAGUUAAUAAUAAAUAAUUAAAAAAUCAAUUAUUUUCAUAUAAAAAUCUCGUGUGCCCACUUAACUUUAUGCCUGCCCUGGCUCUAUGAGAUGUGCUCAUGCACAAAUGAGGAAACAAUGUGCUCGUUUCCCAACCCCAGCGAAUAAAUGCUGUGAUCUUUCAACUAUUACCUGGAUAAAUCUCCAAUAUAAGUUUCUAGAAGCAAACAUUAUAUAAGCAUGAUAAUAAGCAAUCAUGCUACUGUUUUGAGCUACUGCAGAGCAACAAAAUUGUAAAGAUUGAUAUCAUUUGGAAUGCACCACUUAGUUCCUGAAAGGGCUAAAUAUUAUCAUACUACACAAAUUAAACUUUGGGUGCUAUAUGUGAGUUAUUUCUUUUUCAAAUACUUUUAAAACCAUAUUAAUAAUCUAAUUUCAUUAAAAUGUUUGAUACAUUUCAGAAACAUCUAAUGACCAAUGUAAAGCCCUGGUUUCACAAAGGGCAGAAGUAUGCCCUCUUCAAACCAAGCCGCAGCAGAACUGAUAAUAAAGUAAUGGUAGAGACGAUUGGCACCCGUUUCAUUGAGUCUAUGGAGUUUUUGAAAAAUGAACAAGACCCUAAAGAAGCUGUGUUUUCCUUCACCAAAAUGAUCAGCAUACUUGGCACGCGCAAUAAACUUCCGCUGAUGCCGGCCAUGGAGCACCUGGUCUUUUGGAUGGAAUUCCAUUUCUGUCUGUUAUGGUUCUUCAUUGCCCAAGUUGCUGUCGUAAGUAGAGUGUGGUGAGAGUGUCCUGUUGUGGACCGAGGGAAAUGUACAUACCAAUGUUAAAAUCGUAAAUGUAUACAGCUAAAAAGCUACUGCGUAAGAAACAAUAUUUCUUUUAAAUUAUGAUCAAUAUCCUCCCUUAAAAGUAGUUACCUCCCUUCCAAGAUAUCCUGCUACCAUGUUUUGUCUGUACCGGUAUCUGAGAGUACUAAAUUAAUCCAUCCCAUCCCUGUGGCACAGCAGCCCAAGUAGGGCUUUGGCCUGUCUCAACACUUCUUUCUAGUCAGACCUAACUGAUCCUUUUCUUUUCCAUAGUGUCCAGCCCAGGGAACCUGCCCUUUUUAUUUCUGCUAUGGGGGGGGGGGGGAUCCUGAUAUAGUUUAUACAAUUAAAUUGUGGAUUUGCAUUCUCCAUCCAUAUUCAUCCUUUGUUCGUCCAUAUAUUUUGCGGAUCCCUUUUCUCUCCCAUAGGGACCUUCCCUUUUUUAUUCUGGUAUGGGGGGGGGGGGGAUCCUGAUAUAGUUUAUACAAUUAAAUUGUGGAUUUGCAUUCUCCAUCCAUAUUCAUCCUUUGUUCGUCCAUAUAUUUUGCGGAUCACUUUUCUCUCCCAUGUGUUCAAUAGGUUUUCUGCUUUUUUUGUUAGGGUCCAAUUUUUACCGACAAAUGUGACUACUGAUCUGAUCACAGUUUUUAAUGGUUUUCUUUGUUUUUUGAAAAUGCUUUUUCUUUGUUAGUAUUGAAGAAUGUCAUUUUUCCGACCGUUAUUCUCUCUUUUAUUUAUCUUAGCUAGUCUCAAAAAGUUUAUAUCAACCUUCACUACACAGGGUUUUGAUAAAGCAAGUUUUAAAUUAUUUAAAACUAUAUAAGAUAAGGAAAGAUUAUUUUAUUGAUCCAAAUAAAUGGAAAUGUUUUUUUAUUACAUUAUCAGACCUGUUUACUCUUACGAUUUUGGCAUACAAUGUACAAUUUUUAGAUGUAUACAUGUUUAUUUUUUUACUAUUAAGAUUUUGUGAUGAUAUUGUACGAUUUUAAAAGGUCUGCAUUAUACUUAUUCAUUUCAGCACAUAAAUAAAUACAUGUCUUACCACGACAAUAUUUUACAAUUAGAAAAAUUUAAACACAAGACAUCCAAAGUAUUUCUCUAGGGUAAAAAUCAGCUGUUGCAUGUCAACUUAAAUAUGCUUUCAUUAAAAGAGAAAAGGAUUUAUUUUUUAACUGAAUUUUAAAUUAUCUACAGGGAAGCCACACAAAUCCAUUGAAGCCUCCCUUCUAUGUGACCAGCACCAUGUUUGCUAAUGUUAAUCUAGUCAAUACUUUGAUGGGAGAUAGUACCAUACAAGAACUGGUGAUACUCUAUGAGCGCCAUGAGAUCAAACCCAUGUUCAAAAGACAAGAUCAUCUCUGCAACUUCCUUGUUGGAAACAAUAAAUUUAGGUAUAAAAAAACUUUUAGCAUAAGCAAAAUUUAAUAUAACAUCAGCUCAGCUAAAAUCUUAUCUUCCAUGCAUUAGAAAUAUAUAUAUAUACACACACACACAUAGAAAUAACCCGCCAAACAAUGGAGACGGCAAUGCCUAUUGAACACAGCGUUACAGCCAGCCAUAAAUAGAUACCUAUAGCAUUAUUAGUUGUCAUAUGUAAUAUUAAGUUUUGUGAACAACAGUCCAGUAGAGAUGAGAAGAUGUCAAAGAGUUUGAGUACCAUGUAAUCAAGAACUGUUUCAAAAUUGUGUUUGUUAAAACUAUCAGUGAAAAAAAUGCUUUCAAUCUUUGUAUUUUCAUCAAAUUUGAUCAAAAUAAUCAUAAUCCCCUUCCAUAUAGUCAAUGUAACGUCUCGAUAAUUAGACUAUAUUUUAUUUUCCUUUUAUUUGAAUCAAAUCUUAUCUCCUCUAAAAGAUCCUAAGUGGAAAAUUUGCUUGGCUGUUUAAAAAGAAUAAUUAAAAGAAAGGCUUGCAGUUGAUUAACUGAUCAGUAAAAAGGAGUAUCAUUAUUAUUCGUAUUUCUGCACAGUGCUUUCAGUUUAAUCAACUAUUUCAAUGAUUUGUGUGCAUCGAGCCCGGCCCAGCAUGCACUUGCCGAACGUGUUUUACUUCUCACUGUCAUCACCCUACUCAAUAUCCCAGAAGGUUUUGUCUCGUCAGACUAUGAGGUGCCAAUUAGGAUAGAACUAUUCAAGGUCGGUUUCGGUUUAAUACAUGCAUCUAUUGCCCUGGUAAAUUAGGUUUCAUAAGUACUCAUUUAUUUUUCAAACUUCUGCUGAUUCUCUCAAACAAGAAAUAUUUUGCUAUGAGAUCAUGCCUUUGCAUGUUUAUAAAAAAAAUAAUUACUUAAAAUGUUUGAAAUUUUGAAAACCUGAAAAUAUUCAACCCCCAAGUUUACCAUACGGAAUAUAUCUUUACUGUUAUUUUGUUUGGAUGUGUUGAACAAGUGUAACAAAUCUAUUUACAGUGACAGCAAAAGUUCCACAGAAGAAACAAAUUUAGCAUAAAAAAAGUUCCACUGUUUAAGUAGUGAUUUAAAGUUGUAAUAAAAAAAAACAAAAAAAAACAUUUAAUGCAUAAACUACAUAUUUUUUAAUGUGUGCCUGUCUUUAUUACAGCUCCAUGUUACAGAAUCAAUGCCAUCAUCCCUUCAACUGUUUUUAAAUGAAAUAAAAAAGGCUGCAACUUACAAGGACGUUGCUGUGGCGGCAAUGACCUACUUAAGAACCCGAGGUCAUGUGAAUGUGUUCCAGUGCCAGUGGCUUGGUCGUUCCACCUGCCAAAUGAACUGGAAGGAGUUUCAAGUAGCAGACUAUUCCAAGCAGAGUUUUUCUAACAUCAAUCUACAAGAUCUGGUCAAAAGCAGCCUGCAGCAAGUUCAGGUGGACAUCUUGAAUAAUUAUUUUAUCUCUUGUAAAAAUUCACUACUACAUAACCAAUGAGUUUACAUUGUAAAAUAAAAAGUAAUAAUUUUGUUUAAAGUUUUUCAAUUUUUAGCGUUUCAAAGAAUGUUGCUACAGAUAGGCCCUACUUAGUUAACGAAGAUUAAAAGUAACUUGUGUAAUGUGGUAAUCUGAAAAUUUUUCUCUCAAUCAUUCUUAUAAUCAGACAUCCCCCAGGAGCAGUGUAAUGUAGCAGUGUCAUUUAAUAAAAGCAAAAUAUAUUUCAUCCUCAUUUUUAUUAUUUUAUUUAUUUGUCCCUUCCCAGGCUUUCCCACUCUUUGUUUCACUCAUUUCCUUUUACCCAACCUGAUUGCAAUCACUCCACACCCCCUAUUACCAAUCACCAUAAUAAAAGCACACUAUAUUGUUGAAAAUAGGAUUCAGUGAUGAAUUGUUCAACAAACAUGCAAGGUAUCAUAACUGCCAUUUAACCAUGCUCUUCCAGGUACCUAUCCAUGGAGAUGAGCCGGAUGUGAUGGAUGAAGAGGACCUGAGGAAAAUGGAGGCGAAGAAGUUGGCCAUAGAAGAAGAAGAAAAGAGAAAAACUUCGAUUAAGGUAAUAAUUUGAAGUUUCAUUGGUUAGGUUUAUCAGAAGGUACCACUUGAGAUAGUUCAGACAUUGGUUAGUUUUAUCAGAAGGUAAAAAUUGAAAUAGUUCACCCAUUGGUUAGGUUUAUCAGAAAUUAACCAUUGAAAUAGUUCCGGCCAUUGGUUAGGUUUAUCAGAAGGUAGCUAUUGAAAUAAUUGAGCCAUUGGUUAGGUCUAUCAGAAAGUAACAAUUGAAAUAGUCAGGCCUGAGAAGGGAUUUUACUUUAUCUUAUGCCUCCUCAUUUUCUAUGUUGGUUUUCCAGAAAAUCAUUCGCCUGCUCAAAGUAAAUGUCAUGCUCAAGAGACUGGAGAGAAAAUCUUACAAGAACUUUGAAUGGGAAGAGCUGUUUCGAAAUUACACCAUAAGUAGUCAGUCUUGUGGAAUAUGUGGUACAACAUUUGAACCAACAGAUGGUGAUGUAGAUCCUUCUAGUGAAGGUAUGUUAGAACUGUACCCGGAAUUUUGUAUGAAACCAAAAUGGACGAGGGAAUCUUGUUCGAACUGAAGUUUGUUUGAAUGGAUUUAAUGGUUUUAACAAAAUAUAUUUUUUUAAAUUAAAUUUUUAAAAGUUUACAUUUUCCCCAUUUCUCACGUGCACCUUCCCUUUAGCACAGUUAAUUUUUAAAAAUCUCUGUUGAAAAAAUUUCAUUUUGAACAAGCUUCCAUUCUAGAGGUUGGUUUUGAUACUACUUCUAGUGAAGGUAUAUUAGAACAGUUAGUUGCUGAUGUAGAUCCUUCUAGUUCUAGUCAAGGUAUGUUAGACAUUUUUAAGUAAAGAAUAAAGGUGUCCCUCAUUAAAUCUGAUCCACUUUACAUGUAUGACAUGGUGUGCUCUCUGUAUGGGAUCGACUUUACAUGUAUGACAUGAGGUGCUAUCUGCAUGUGAUCGUGUAAACAGCCAAUCUAUCAGGUUAUAUUUCUUAAGUUUCACUAACAGUGUGCAUCGAUAAACGUUAUACUUAUAAGUCUCUUUAAUGAACAAUUCAGUUUGUAUUUUCGUUGUGUACUAAUUAAAGUUAAGUAAUUGGUUGAGAAGAGAAAAUAUUAGUUGAUAUUAAUCCAAAUGUGUUGGUGUAUUAUGGAAUUGGGGGAAAAGUGUUGGGGGUUUUUUUUUGGGAGGGGGGGGGGGUUACCAGAUAUUCCCUUGAUAUUAACAAGCUUGAAUUCUGUGUUUUAUUGCGCAGACAUCUCCGAUGUCCCAGUUCUGCAGACCAGGGAUGCCCACAACAAAACUGAGGCUCACCAGAAAGCAUACAAAGACUUUGUGGCAUUUAAACAAGUUUAUGGCUCUCAAGUUAGUACUCUUUUAACUAAGUGUUAGAUUGUACAAAGACUUGUGGCAUUUAAACAACUUUAUGGCUGUCAAGUUAUUACUCUUAAGAAUAAGUGUUAAAUUGUACAAAGACUUGUGGCAUUUAAACAACUUUAUGGCUCUCAAGUUAGUACUCUUACAACUAAGUGUUAAAUUUUACAAAGACUUGUGGCAUUUAAACAACUUUAUGGCUCUCAAGUUAGUACUCUUAAAAAUAAGUGUUAAAUUGUACAAAGACUUGUGGCAUUUAAACAACUUCAUGGCUCUCAAGUUAGUACUCUUAAAAAUAAGUGUUAAGUUGUACAAAGACUUGUGGCAUUUAAACAACUUUAUGGCUCUCAAGUUAGUACUCUUACAACUAAGUGUUAAAUUGUACAAAGACUUGUGGCAUUUAAACAACUUUAUGGCUCUCAAGUUAGUACUCUUAAAAAUAAGUGUUAAAUUGUACAAAGACUUGUGGCAUUUAAACAACUUUAUGGCUCUCAAGUUAGUACUCUUAAAAAUAAGUGUUAAAUUGUACAAAGACUUGUGGCAUUUAAACAACUUUAUGGCUGUCAAGUUAUUACUCUUAAGAAUAAGUGUUAAAUUUUACAAAGACUUGUGGCAUUUAAACAACUUUAUGGCUCUCAAGUUAGUACUCUUACAACUAAGUGUUAAAUUGUACAAAGACUUGUGGCAUUUAAACAACUUUAUGGCCCUCAAGUUAGUACUCUUAAAAAAAAGUGUUAAAUUUUACAAAGACUUGUGGCAUUUAAACAACUUUAUGGCUCUCAAGUUAGUACUCUUACAACUAAGUGUUAAAUUGUACAAAGACUUGUGGCAUUUAAACAACUUUAUGGCCCUCAAGUUAGUACUCUUAAAAAAAAGUGUUAAAUUGUACAAAGACUUGUGGCAUUUAAACAACUUUAUGGCUCUCAAGUUAGUACUCUUACAACUAAGUGUUAAAAUUUACAAAGACUUGUGGCAUUUAAACAACUUUAUGGCUCUCAAGUUAGUACUCUUAAAAAAAAGUGUUAAAUUGUACAAAGACUUGUGGCAUUUAAACAACUUUAUGGCUCUCAAGUUAGUACUCUUAAAAAAAAGUGUUAAAUUGUACAAAGACUUGUGGCAUUUAAACAACUUUAUGGCUCUCAAGUUAGUACUCUUACAACUAAGUGUUAAAUUUUACAAAGACUUGUGGCAUUUAAACAACUUUAUGGCUCUCAAGUUAGUACUCUUAAAAAAAAGUGUUAAAUUGUACAAAGACUUGUGGCUUGUGGCAUUUAAACAACUUUAUGGCUCUUAGAGUGAUAAAUUUAAACACAGACGUUCUUUUACAAAUAAAACUUUUUAUUUGUAAAACAAAAAUGGGGACUGUAGUCUAUAAAUGCAAUUCAAUUUUAUCAUGGUUCCCCCCCACACAACUUUUAUUUCUAACUUUCAGAUACACUCUGCGUUAGACGUUGUCAAGCGGUUCCUGAUCGGCAAUCAGGUGGAGGAAAAUUCAACAAUUUACACAGAAGUGCGGUUUGAUGUGUCCAAGCUGCUCAAUGCCUUCACUGAUUUCAACAGUCUCUUCAAUACUGUUUUGAUACAAAGAAAAUGGUCUGAGCAACAGGCUGUACUAGAUGCAUUCAGAAAUUUACAGGAUGAAUUUUCAAGGAAAAAGGACAACAUAGCUUCUCAAUUCCACAGGUUUCAGGUGGGGUAUAUUUUAUCAUGUUUCUUUUAUAGUGGGCCACAUUUUUUUUAGAAUGAUAACCCUACACCUAGUAAUCUGAUCUCACGAAAAAGUUUUUAAAUCAAUUUUCUUUUCAAGGACCCAAUUUUUUUUAAUUUUUAAAAAAAAUUAAAGAAUGAUAAGCUGGCAUUCAAACUGUCAAUAUCAUGCUAAGAUUUCCAAUAAGGGAAAUAAUGAAUACUACAUUACAGCUAAGUGUUAUUUUUAUUUAAUUAUAUUUUUAAUAAUAAUAAUAAUAAAGUCCAUUUCAAAGACACGCUUCAUCCCUAAUUAAUGCUCAAAGCGCGGUACAAAGUCAACCGUAUAGGACAAUUUAUAUUUUUUCACAUUACUGUUGUUUGUUCGCUGAUGAAGGCUUCUUGCUGACACGUUCGUUGUUUUUUUGCAUUAUUUUUUUCAGGUUUUCCCAUGCUUUUUUUCACUCAUUUUCUUGUUUGCUAGCCCUGAUUGCAGUCUCUCCCCCUUAUUGCCAUAAAUAUCUCUAAAUACUUUAUUUUAUGUUCAACACAUUUGGGUAACAAUUUUGAAUUGUGAAUGCUAGUGUUUUUUAAAUAGGUAAAUGGAUGAUCCACCAAAUUUAAUUAGUACCACCAGCAAACUAUUUUGAAAGAAAAAAUCCGUAAAUGAAGUUAGUAAAACAUGUGUGAAAAUAUCCUUUUAACUCCUUUAUGAGGAGACAUCAGUAAGCCUAAUGUAAUUAUUUGAGGUUAAAAAAGUUUAACUUUUGAUCUUUGAGUAACUUGCUUUUUUAUGAUGUUAUUGCAGAAAGGAGAAGGUAACCCAAACACACGAGAGAGAACUGACAGGGAUCAGGAAGUGACGGAAGGUGUUUUAGAUAUUGAACCAACCGCAGCACAAGACCACGGCAAACCGGUGCAGGAGAACUUUAGGACGCAAAGGAGGUCACGUCAAAACCGAAGACCAGAUUACAGGCGAGAGGGGAGACAACACUAUGAAGAUUAUCCACCGGAAGGCAACUAUCAUUAUGAUCAGGCCCCCAGACGAUUCAGACAAGCAUAUCAUGGUCAAGAAAGACAAGGAUAUUAUUAUGGACAAGAAAGGCAAGACUAUGAAGGAAGACCUGACUAUUUCAGGCUGGAGAACAGAGGAAAUCGCAGAGGUGGACAAAGAUAUUUUACUAAAAACAGGGAUAGUUAUAUGAAGGACCUUCCUCCUAGAUUCAAAGAUCAGUUUAAUCAUUAACAAAAUAUUUAAUAGAAUUUUUUUUUGUUUUUAAUUCUACAUGUUCAAAAACAGCCAUGUUUUACUGAAAUAUUUUCUUUCAAAUUGUUGCUGUAAAAUUGGACCAAACACUGGCCUCUUUGUUGAGCCAUGAGUUUGAAUAUGAUUUAAUCAGCAUGGGUGAAGGCAAAGGUGGAUUAAAGCAGAGUAGUGUAACAAUGGGGUAAUGUAACAGUAGAGUAGUGUAACAAUAGGGUAAUGUAACAGUAGAGUAGUGUAACAAUGGAGUAAUGUAACAGUAGAGUAGUGUAACAAUGAGGUAAUGUAACAUUAGAGUAGUGUAACAAUGGGGUAAUGUAACAGCAAUGUUAAAACAAAUGCAAAAAUGGAUCAAUGAAAAAAUGCAAUGGCAGAUUUAAAAAAAAAAAAUUUUAAUGGUCAGUGCAAAAAUUGAUCAGUAUGACAGGUUAGUAUUGCAAAGAUGCCUUCAUGUAAAUGUAACGUGCCUGUAACCUAAAAGAUAUUGUUAAUUAUAGAUCUUACAUGGUGAGAAUAAUCAUUUUUUUUUUGUUGAGAAAAUCAAAAUAUCCUUGGUUGGUUGGUUGGUUUUUCCUCACAAUCUCGUGUCUGUCAACUGUCGCUAGAUUUCAUUCCAAGCUGAGCACAUAUUUUUGUUCUACUGUUGAGGUUUCUGCUGUUCCUCAACUAGACACAAAUACUGUGUGUUAGGAUUUUGUUUGGUUUUAUUUGUAACUGCUCCUGUAUUACACUGUCAUUAAGUUUUUAUGAUUAAUUUUAAAUGUAUGGCCUUUUGUUUUUUCUUUUUAUUUAUAACAGUUCAUCAUAAAUAGCUUUACACAUUUUGGUUUCAAUGAAAAUACAAUCUGUUUCAAAUUUUUUUGUUUUUGAAUUUCAG